AUGGUCUAUGCGUGGGUGCGUGGGCCAUCUCUGGUCUUCCUGUGUGCUGAGCUGACUGUGUGCGGGUGUGAGUGUGCCUCCCGCUUCUUUUCGUUGAAUGGAGCUCAUGAUUCCUUCGUCACAGCAAGGUGCUUCUCACUUGAUGCCUUUGGAUUGUUUUUGUUUCCGUUUUUCUUUUCCCUCGCUUCCUUUUUGUUUUUCCUCAUGCGUGUGUGCGCGUCAUGGCGGUGUGCAGGCUCGUAUUCCUUCACUUCCGUUGGAAUUACGCGCUGCCGUCUCCUUUGUCUGUGGGUCGUGUCGGUGGUGGGUUGUUUCCCGUCACUCCUGUUUUACCCCUCCGAUGUCCGGUCUUUUCCCCUUUUUCCUCAGCGGGAUACUCAUAUAUAUUUGCAUAAGAAGACAUGUGUCGCCCGCACGCGACAAGAGCAGGAAAAUGGGGAGAAAGAAAGCAGUGCCCUCAAAAGCAGGAAGAUGCGUUGUUCCGAGAGGUGAAAGAUGCAGCGCUGCGUUGCACCCGUACACGCACGCGCGCACGGCGGCGACGGUGACGGCACAAACUAAUCUCUUACAAAACUUAACAUCUUACUCGGACUAAUCAGACAAAAAUAAAUGGGAGGAGAGAGAGAGAAAACACCAAAAAGAGACAUAAAGAAAAACAUACAUUACUUUUACUACUGUUGAUUUCCGUUUAUAUAUAUUUUUUUCUCCUCUACUCUCCCUGCGCGCUAUACACGUUUCUGUGCGAAUGCUUAGCCUUUUUUCGCUUUCGGUUUCUUCUUCGUUUCUCGUCUUUUCUGUCCAAACCUCGUCCGUUUUCUUCGACUUCUUCUUUUUGUUGUUCUACGGCAGAUGAGGCAAGUGUGCUGAUUGGCCUUUUCUUCUUUUUCGUUUCUCGGCCUGGCUAAAGGAGGUGCCUCAGCAGCAGCGGCAACGAGCCACGGUGUUGUUUCUUGAACGGCACAAAAGGAAAACAGUGAAUGCCCUUUGUUCUCCGUUGCUUCUUGUUGCUUUUGCUGUUGUCGCCCAUCGCCUUGGAUCGGAGAGCGGCCAUCGAAUGCGAAAGAGGAGAAGCGCAGCGUAAAAGGGCAAAAGGCGGGGGAGAGAACGCAAGCACACCGGUGCGCGCAUACCCGCUGUGGUGUGGGACUUGCGCGUGGGUGGUGGUGGAGCACCGAUUCUUAUUUGCUUUGCCAUGCAGCACAACAGCGUGCAAACUUGAGCUCCUCGAUGAAUGACACUCUUUUUUUCUCCGCACAUGCUCUCUGUGUUACCACGUAUCAGUGUCUUCUUCUUUCUCUCUUCUGCUUUCAGGAUCAACGUUUUAUUGCCCCCGUAAAAGGGAACUUCGAGGGUCGAAGUUGUGGGAUCGGCAUUGCGUGGUGUAUGCAAUGAUAAAGGUUUCGUUCAGGCGAACUGCGUCGGCGUCACAUGCGCAAAGAAAAAAAAGUACUUUAUACAAUAAUCUGAACGUUCGUGUUCGAGGUGAGGAGCUUUAAACAGACUCUCGUGUAUUCUCUUCCUUUUUUUCUCUUCUCGUAUGUGUGUUUGUUUUUUGGGAGGCUCAAAAGCUCCCCAGUGAAAACUAUGCGGACAGCACUGAAAGAACAGAAGUCACACAGCAGUGCUGGCUGUUGGAAAAAAAAAAGGCAUUGAAAUGGUGAAGAAGACGAGCACAUGAAAGUGUUCAUUCGAUCAAAAAAUAAUCAUCUCUUUCGGCUUCGAUUCGUUUUCCUUCCGGAUGCCAAUGCCGGUUUUCUUCUUCGUCCCUCUCACGAGUCGUCGCUCCUCGUUUCUUUUCUCUUCUAUUUUUGUGCUUCACAAUUUCUCGUCACGAAUCGGAUUGAACUUAAAUUCUUUGUGUUGUUCUUCUUUCUUUCUUCUCUUCUUUUUCUUUUUUCUUCCGUUGCUCCUCCGCGUUUGGGGGCAUUCCGCUCUUCGUCUUCGUCGCUGCUUCAACGGACAGGAAGGCAGCUACCGCCGGUUCCUCUGCGCACGUAGGGGAGGGGGGGGGGAGGGCGGAAGAGAAGAGAAAUGAGUAAAAGGGUGAUGGACAACACACACAAAAUAUAUGCGUUAGGUGUGAAAUGCUUGGAAUUUCUUAUUAUCACUAUUUCUUGUUUGGUUGGUACCAAUAAAAGAAAAGAGAAAAAAGAAUUGUACGUCUUCUGCUCACAGAAAAAUGUGAGGAAAAGCUGGGAGGGAGAUCUAAUAAGGAUUUCAUUC